GGAAGUGUUUGAAAGUGCCGUUUCGCGAGACUAGCGCAAGCUCCACGCUGCACGAGCUGAUCAAUAGGCCUCCGCACGCGGCAUGUGAUGGAGUGGCAGCCAGAUGAACAAGGCCUCCAGCAGGUCCUGAAUCUCCUGAAAGAUUCCCAGUCUCCAAACACAGCCACGCAGAGAGCUGUGCAGCAGAAACUAGAGCAGCUGAACCAGUUUCCUGAUUUCAACAACUAUCUUAUCUUCGUCCUGACGAGGCUGAAAACUGAAGAUGAGCCCACUCGAUCUCUCAGCGGUCUGAUACUGAAGAACAACGUGAAGGUUCACUAUCAGAACUUCCCCCCUGCAGUCGCGCACUUCAUCAAGCAGGAAUGUUUAAACAACAUCGGAGACCCUUCCCCUCUCAUCCGCGCCACUAUCGGCAUCCUCAUCACAACGAUUUCCACCAAAGGGGAGCUGCAGACAUGGCCAGAGUUACUGCCUCAGCUGUGCAACAUGCUCAAUUCAGAGGACUACAACAUCUGUGAGGGCUCGUUUGGAGCUUUACAGAAGAUCUGCGAGGACUCGUCUGAGCUCCUGGACAGUGACGCUCUCAAUCGACCCCUCAACAUCAUGAUUCCCAAGUUCCUGCAGUUCUUCAAACACUGCAGCCCCAAGAUCAGGUCUCAUGCUAUUGCCUGUGUGAACCAGUUUAUCAUCGGAAGAGCACAAGCCCUGAUGGACAACAUUGACACCUUUAUUGAGAGUCUGUUUGCGCUGGCCGCAGAUGAGGACUCGGAGGUGCGCAAGAACGUGUGCAGGGCUCUGGUCAUGCUGCUGGAGGUGCGGGUGGACAGACUCAUCCCUCACAUGCGCAGUAUCGUUGAGUACAUGCUGCAGCGCUCACAGGACCCGGAUGAGAACGUGGCUCUGGAGGCCUGUGAGUUCUGGCUUACGCUGGCUGAACAGCCCAUCUGUAAGGACGUCCUGUCUGGACAUCUUGCACAACUGGUUCCUGUUCUGGUGAACGGCAUGAAGUACUCUGAGAUUGACAUCAUUUUGUUGAAGGGUGACGUGGAGGAAGACGAGGCUGUGCCGGACAACGAGCAGGACAUAAAGCCACGCUUUCACAAGUCUCGUACCGUCACCCUUCGGCACGAGGGUAAUGAAGGUGAGGAAGGAGAGGAGAGUGAUGAGGAUGAUGACGAUGACGACGACAGUUUGUCCGACUGGAAUCUACGUAAGUGUUCGGCGGCUGCCCUUGAUGUGCUGGCAAACGUGUUUCGGGAUGAGUUGCUGCCCCCCCUGCUUCCAGUGCUGAAGGAGCUGCUGUUCCACCCAGACUGGGUUGUUAAAGAGUCUGGCAUCCUGGUGCUGGGAGCCAUCGCUGAAGGCUGUAUGCAGGAUAUGGUUCUGUACCUGCCGGAGUUGAUUCCUCACCUGAUCCAGUGUCUCUGUGAUAAGAAAGCGCUGGUCCGCUCCAUCGCCUGCUGGACUCUGAGCCGCUAUGCACACUGGGUGGUCAGCCAGCCGCCAGACUCUUACCUCAAACCCCUCAUGACCGAGCUGCUCAAACGCAUCCUUGACAGCAACAAGAGGGUUCAGGAGGCCGCCUGCAGUGCGUUUGCGACUCUGGAAGAGGAGGCCUGUACAGAGCUGGUUCCCUACUUGAGCUUCAUUCUGGACACGCUGGUGUUUGCCUUCAGCAAGUACCAGCACAAGAACCUGUUGAUCCUCUACGACGCCAUCGGAACCCUUGCUGACUCUGUCGGACACCAUCUUAACCAGCCAGAAUACAUCCAAAAGCUCAUGCCCCCUCUUAUUCAGAAAUGGAAUGAGUUAAAAGAUGAAGACAAGGAUCUGUUCCCUUUGUUGGAGUGCCUGUCUUCAGUGGCCACAGCACUACAGAGCGGCUUCCUGCCAUACUGUGAACCAGUUUACCAGCGCUGUGUCACCUUGGUCCAGAAGAACCUCGCUCAAGCCAUGAUGUAUAACCAGCACCCUGACCAAUACGAGGCCCCUGAUAAAGACUUCAUGAUUGUGGCCCUUGAUCUGCUCAGCGGUCUGGCAGAGGGACUCGGAGCUCAUGUAGAACAGCUGGUCACCCGCAGCAAUGUCAUGACCCUGAUCUUCCAGUGCAUGCAGGACACCAUGCCAGAAGUGCGUCAGAGUUCGUUCGCUCUGCUGGGAGACCUGACUAAGGCGUGCUUCCUUCACAUCAAGCCCUGCAUCGCCGAGUUCUUGCCUGUCCUGGGCCUCAAUCUCAACCCGGAGUUCAUAUCUGUGUGCAACAAUGCCACAUGGGCCAUCGGAGAGAUCGCCAUACAGAUGGGUACGGAGAUGCAGCCGUUUGUGGCCUUGGUUCUCAAUAAACUUGUGGAGAUCAUCAACAGACAGAAUACACCCAAAACUCUGCUGGAGAACACAGCCAUUACGAUUGGUCGGCUGGGAUAUGUGUGCCCACAGGAAGUUGCCCCCAUGUUGCCACAGUUCGUUCGCCCUUGGUGCACGUCACUUAGAAACAUUCGGGACAAUGAAGAGAAAGACUCGGCCUUCAGGGGCAUUUGCGUAAUGAUUGGGGUAAAUCCUGGAGGAGUCGUACAGGACUUCAUCUUUUUCUGUGACGCUGUGGCCUCCUGGGUAAAUCCAAAAGACGAUCUGAGGGACAUGUUCUACAAGAUUUUGCACGGCUUCAAGGAUCAGGUUGGUGAGGAUAACUGGCAGCAGUUCUCUGAACAGUUUCCACCGCUGCUGAAGGAGAGGCUUUCAGCCUGCUAUGGUGUGUAGACGCCGCCCCUGCUGACAUGGGAACCAACUAUUAGGUCAAAUCUACGGGAGGGUUACUGGGGAACUCAUCCAUGUCUGUUUGUGGGAACUACCUGCUGUUAGAGCCAAAGACGUGUG